AGGGGUUUAGAGAGGUUUUAGGAAAAGAUCUGCGCGUAUAAUCCGGAAGAAAUUGUGCGUCCCCCGCAUUCAUCAGAAACAAAUGCCGCAGCUCACACAUCAUCCACAUCAUCAUCCACAUCAAACACACCAUCAUAAGCAUCGCCAUGCCCAUUCAAUCUCUCUCCCUUUUUACUACCUUUUACUAGCAUUUUUUUUCCUCUCGGAUCGAAGGCCUCGAGGGGGAAGUAGGAAAAAAAGUGGUUUUUUCUCCUCUCUCUCUCUCUCUCUCUCGUUUUUCCGCUGUUUUUACCCUGCGAGGAGAGGAGGGGGACGAUGGAAGAGGAAGAAGAGCUCGGUGGCUAUGGUGGUAUGUAUGGUAUGUGAUGAUGGAGUGAUGCGAUGAUGAUGGGUGGGAGUGGUGGUCACUUGUGAUCUGUGUUUUCUGUGUGUGUGUGUGAGAGAGAGAGAGAGAGUGUGCGUUACCUAGAAGACAAACCAAAACAAAAGAGAAGGAGAAGAGAAAGAGGAAAAAAAAAAAAAAAAGAAGGAACAAGAAGACGCUGGAAAAGCAUUCGUUCGUUCGCUCGCUCAAGCAAGCGGUGGGACGAAAGAAGAAAGAGGGCUUUAAUUUUUUUUUAAUUUUCUCUUUGGUUUCCUUUGGUUUGUGCUUCCGUCGCUUGGGCGAGGUGGAGGAGCGAGCGCUAGAUCUGCAAGAGGGUGCUGCAUUUCUCGGGUUUGGAUUCUUUGGGGGGCGAGGAGGAGAUGGGGGACGAUCACCCAAAGCGCAAGAUGAAGACUCCAUCGCAGCUAGAGAUUCUGGAGCGAGUGUACGCAGAGGACAAGUACCCAUCAGAGAUUGUCCGAUCGGAGCUCUCGCACCAGCUAAAUCUCACGGACAGGCAAGUAAAGAUGUGGUUUUGCCACCGGCGCUUAAAAGACCGCAAAGGUUCUACCACCACCACCACCACCACCACCACGACUAGCACCGAAGAAACCCGACACAAGAAAAACCAGCAAAGGAUCCAUCCACAAUACCAACUUGAUCACCACCACCACUUACUUCCGCCGCCGCCACCACCAGCGCCGCCACCUCCGCCGCCGCACCACCACCAUCCCGGCCUGUCGCUCGACUUUGGAUCGCCAAUGCAGCAGCAGCAGCCAAUGCGAGUGCUCCCGAUCGCCACCGCCGCUCCUCACAACUUUCUCGAUAUGAUGCAUCCCGAGGAGCGAGCUUUUCAUAUGAGGCAAUUGGCGAAGAGGGACUUGGAGACGAAUGGUGGCCGUGGUAGCGCGUACCGGAGGCUGGGACUCCACAACGUAAGUCCUCUGGAUUGCCGGUUGAGUGUGAGUCCCGAGGUGGCGGCCAUCAGGCUGGUGGAGGAGCAGCUCGGCGAGCCGAUGAGAGAAGAUGGUCCCAUUCUUGGCUACGAGUUUGAUCCUCUUCCACCCGGUGCUUUCGAUACUCCAAUCGAGCACGGAAGUCAGUAUCCGAGAAGCCAGUUCGCUACUCCGGAGGGAGUUUACAACAGCGAGAGCAAAGCUCACGCUCGUCACGAACCAAAACUUGGAAGACAAGCACUCGGCUCCUCGGACUUUUCUCCAUCCCCGGCGACUUCGUCCAGCAAGAGGAAGAACAGCUCUUCGUCGCCGUUUCUUCCGCUCGCGACUGUGCCGCAGUCUCCAAGAGUUCCUCACGAGCACCAGUUCAUACCCGAGCAUCCGACUGGAACUGGCGCUCACUUUUACGAUCGAUCCAGCUCCAAGCAGCAGCAGCAGCAGCAACCACAGCAGCAAUCUCUCGAACUUAGCACACGAAUCUCUCCACUUUCGUUCUUGCCACCCGCUGGAGUGGAGACUUUUGGAAAUGGCUUUUGCACCGAGAGCCGGCAAGCUCCUACGCUUGGACUUGGCUUUCCGCCGCCGAGCGACAUGAGAUUUCCAGCGGACUUUUUGCCACGAACCGGUAUGCCAUUUCCACCACCCGAGGUUCAACUUUUGCCACCAGUUCGUCCGCCAAUGAGCGAGAAAGCCAUCGCUGGUACCGAGAGAUUGAUAAUGCUGCACGAGCAGGAGCAAGCCCGUCUCGAGAGGAAACGCAAAGCCGAGGAAGCUCGAAUCGCGAAAGAGCACGAAGCACAGGAUAAGCGGAUGAAAAAGGAAAUGGAGAGGCAGGAGGCAAUGCGGAGAAAGAAAGAGGAUCAAGAGAGGAAAGAGUCGGAGAAAGUUCACAGGGAGAAGCAAAAGGAGCUUGAAAGGCUGGCUCGGGAGAAAGCUCGCGAAGAGGAGCGCCUCCAGAGGCAGCACAAGAAAGAGUAUGAGCGCAUGGAAAAGCUAUUGCAGAAAGAAAACCAGCGAGUUGCAAAGCUUCGUCAAAAGGAAGAGAUGAGACGAGAGAAAGAGGCCACCAAGCUGAGGGCUGCUUACGAGCGAGCCACAGCGAAAAAACUUGCCAAACUUUCAACGGGGCUUAUCGAUGACGAGCAGCUGGAGCUGAUGCAAAUGGGAGCUUUUGUGCAAGGACUUAUCUCCGGCUCUGAAUUCGAUCCAAACAAGAGUAAGAAAAUGACACUCCGGCGAAAAGUCUUACACGUUUCUUUUUACUCGUUUUUCUUGCUGAAAACAGUUGAAUUGCCGAUGUUUCCUCCUGCUUCUGUCCGCAUGAAACCACCUAUUGGAGUUCCUCCCUGGAAUGACUCAAAUCACAACGUUGCUAACCUCUUCAUGGUGUGGAGAAUGCUCACUAACUUCGCAGACGUGAUUGGUCUGUGGCCAUUCACUCUGGAUGAGUUUGUACAGGCGCUACAUGACUAUGAUUCGAGACUCUUGGGAGAAAUACACAUUGCUUUGCUGAAAACUCUGGUGAAAGACGUCAAAGACGCGUCACAGGCAGCUGCGAUUGGAAGUAACCAAGCACUGGCAGUCGCAUCGGGAGGACAUCCGGAACUUGUCGAAGCAGCGUAUGCAUGGGGCUUUGAUAUCCAAGAGUGGGGACAGCACGUAAAUGCUCUAACUUGGCCAGAGAUUUUAAGGCAGUUUGCUCUAGCCUCCGGCUAUGGUCCCAGAUGGAAGAAGAAAAUUACCGAGACAGCUCCUAGCACACCAGUAGCGGAAGGAAAAAAUGCCGAGGACGCAGUUGCCAACUUACGUUCCGGUGCCGCAGCUGCCAAUGCUGUCACUCAAAUGCGAGGAAGAAACUCCAGCCGUGUUCGAAAGCAGCAGCAGCAACAUAAGCCUGUUCUCACUCCAGGCACAGUGAAAUUCGCUGCGUUCCAAGUUCUCUCGGUCGAAGGGAGCAAAGGCCUCACUAUCUUGGAAGUGGUCGAUCGUGUCCAGAAAGCUGGCCUACGCGACUUAUCGACGAGUAAGACGCCAGAGGCAUCGAUCUCGGCUGUCCUCUCCCGAGACACAAAACUCUUCGAGCGCGUAGCACCCUCCACGUACUGCGUGCGCCUCGUGUUUAGAAAAAGCCCGGAGGAAGCCGAGGCCGUGCUCCAGGCCGCUCGCGAGAAGAUUCGCCAGUGCGAGAGCCGGCUCUCGGACGCCGAGCCGGAGCCUCUCGAGGAGGAUAUCAUCGAAGAGGCCGAGGAAAGGGAGGAAGAGGAAGAGUGUGACGAGCAAGAUAUCGAAGAGACCGAAGAACGAGAAGUUAAAAACGAGACUGCCACCACGACCAUUAGCACGAUCGAAACCACCGUUACCACCACCACCACCAACGACAAUAGUCCUUCGAGUAGUGGAAAAGUGAUACUGCGGCUCAAAGUUGGGAAGCUAACGCCAAGCUCGGACGCUCCAGCGGUAGAAAGCGGGCAGAAGGAGGAGUGUGUAAAGGCCGAGCCGGAGCGGCUUCACAGUAGCUUAGAUAUGAAUGUGGAGAGCGUAGAAGUGAUGGCACAGGAAAGCAGCGAUGGCAUGGAGAUAGAUGAGAGUCAGGUUGGUGAAGUUUGGGUGCAAGGACUCAUGGAAGGCGAGUACACGGAUUUGAGCGUCGAGGAGAGGCUGUGUGGAUUGGUUGCUCUCGUGGAUGCUGUCAACCAAGGGAGCACUGUUCGCUCGGCCAUAGAGGAGCGAUAUGAGGCUGCGUCGGCUCUCAAGAGACAGCUCUGGGAGGAAGUCCAGAUCGAUAAGCGUCGGCUAAAAGAAGAAUGCAGCAAAGCCGAGGCUGCAAAGGUCGACGAGACGAAUCUGCAACAACAGCAAGUGGAUGAGAAACCACUGCUGCAAGCUCUGGAGAAUGGAUCACAGGAGGCUCAGGAGCAGCAGCUGGAUGGAGAUGAAGAUGGCAGCUCCAAUCCUGCGCAAGCCUUGAGCGAAGAUCCAAACGAGAGGCAGCAAAAGUGUGCUUCGCAGCACUCGGACAGGUCCCGGGCCGAUAUGAAAGCAGAUAUCAGGUUGCGAGCGGAGAAACUCUACGUUAUUCGGUCGCUUCCUCUGGGUUUGGACCGGAGGCACAACCGGUACUGGCAGUUCGUCACUAGUAGUAGCGGACACGACCCCGGGUGUAGAAGGAUCUACUUUGAAUCGCAUGAAGAUGGCCACUGGGAAGUCAUCGACACCGAAGAGGCUUUGAACGCGCUGAUGAACUCUCUGGACAUAAGAGGCACGAGAGAAGCAAAUCUCUUUGUAGCUCUCAAGGAGCUUGAAGGCUCGCUAAGGCAAGCAAUGAGCAGCUCUAGCACCAAGCAGCACCAAGACCACCACCAAAGUCACCACACCGGAAAUGGAAAUGGAGCUGGAGUUCAAGCUGGAGCUGGGAGUAGAAAUGGAAAUGGAAACGACUCUUGCGAGGGGAGUCCAUCUUCCAGCGCCGUGGUUGGAAAUGGCGGCAAAGACUCGACGAGCUCCGACGCUCGGGUAGGAUCGCUCAAAGUCGAGCUCGGAAGAUCAGCGUCGGAGAACUCCGGCGCCAUGGAACGAUACAAAGACAUGGAAAGGUGGCUGUGGAGGCACUGCAGCGUCAAGGCGCUGCAAAGAGGUGGCGAGAAGCGACGAGAGAGCGAGAACGAUGGGAUGAUCACCGAGUGUGAGUCGUGCCAUGACUUGCGCUGGGCCGUCGACAAGCACUGCCCGUUUUGCCACUCCACCGGCGAGGAAGAAGUCUGGAGUGAUUUCUCGCAGCACGUCCGCGACUGCGAGCAAAAGAUGAUCAGCAGGGAUCCCGCCUGGAGAAUCCAAGGUGGUGUUCUUCCUCCGCGAAUACAGUUGCUCAAGAAACUGUUGUUUCUAGUCGAGAUUUGUAUUCCUUGCGAGGCACUUAAGCCUGCAUGGUCGACGAAUUCUUACAGAAAGGCGUGGUGUCAAAGGCUCAAGGCUGCUUCUUCGGCAGGAGAAAUUCUCCAGGCAUUCAUGGAUCUGGAGGGAGCAAUCGAUGAGGACUGGAUCUCUUCCUCGUACGAGUCGAUCGAGCAAGUUGGCAGACUCAUCGGCAUUCAGAGAAAAAAUCCCCCCUGGAUCCCGCAGACCUCCGCUGCUGUUGCUCUUCGACUGAUGGUCUUUGACUCUUCGAUCGCCUACACCGAAGAACAAAAGCAGCAGCUCAUGGACAGGCAACGAAGAGUUCCAAUGAGAAGAUCGAAAGGAGAGGCCCGCGAAGUUUUAUACGAGGCUGGUAGUACUAGGCCGGCAGAAGGAGAGGAAGACAAAGAGACCAAAGAGGCAGAGUUUAAUUCCCAAGAGGAGGAGCUACCACCACAGUUUUACGAGAGGAGUGGUGGUGACUUUGGAGCUCAUCCAUCUUGGAGCGCUCGGCAAGAGAGCGCCGCCGUUCUACUAGAAGAGGAAGAAGAAGAUGAUGAAGACGAAGACAAGAGGCUGGCAAUGAAAGCUAGCGGCGAGAGUGACGAUAGCUCGCAGAUGAACUGGGAAGGACAGGAUUCUUUCGAGGAGCUCGAGCAGCCAGGCCAUGGAAGCCUCCAUCAUCUGGAAGAGCUGGAGAUGGAGGAAGAGGAUGGAUUGAUGUUGGAAGAGGAGGAGGAGCUGAGUGACGAGGAAGAGGAGAGCGAGGAGGAAGAGUUCCAGCAGCAAGCGUCGAGCAGUGAUACGGACGAAGAGCAAAACAAGCACGACAACUUGGUGGUGGCCAAGAACUUGAUCAACAUCAAUGCGAGCUUGGAAGAAAGCGGUGAUGAUCUUCAUACUGCUGCUGCUGCUAGCAAGAUCAAUGGCGGUUCCAGCGAGAGAGUUGUAAACUGCGGCUUGACAAGUGAGUUAGAGUUUGAGCGGGGGACGUAUGAGGAGUGAGUGGAAGUUUUACUUUCUCCCAUACAGUGAAGGUGUCUCUUCUCGUCGUACAGUUUGAUUUGUGAAUUCAACCAUGACUUUUGUAUGUAAUUUCUUCUAGGAAAAAAGGGUUUCUUUAUUC